AUGAACUUCUUCCACGUUCAUCCUGCCAAUCCCCGAGACGAUUUCAUGCUCCUUUCACCACUUGAUCUAGAUCAUGAAUUGAGUACCUAUCAAUGUCAUGAUGAGAAACGGAAAUACUACUUCUGUCCAAAAUGUGGAGUGCGUUGUUUCACGUUUGGAGGCGUGGGCCAGGUCGAUGUCGUGGAUUUUAGAGCGGUAGGGGAGCUAGGUGAUUACAAAGAAGGAGAAGGGAAGAGACAAGUUUGGCGCGCCAUGUGGGAUGGAGAGGAUAAUACUAGACCUUAUGUUUCAGUGAAUGGGACUUCGAUUGAUCCUAGAGAGGAUUUCGAUCUCCGUGUGCUCACUGAGGAGAAGAGAGUGCAGUAUUUUGAUGAUCGGAGUGAGCCCGAGGAGAAGAGGGAGGACCCAAGAUGGGACAGACCGCAUUACGGUGGAUGUUAUUGA